AUGACAGCAGGGAAGGCAUGUAGUGCUCUCAUCACAGGGGCCAACCGAGGCUUAGGUUUAGAAAUCUUCAAGCAACUCCUGGAGGCCCCUUGUUCAAAGAUUUUUGCUGGAUGCCGUGACCCAGACGGGCUAAAUUCUGAGUUGAUGGAAAUAGCAAAACACUUUUCCACUGCUAUUUCUGUGGUACUAUUAGAUGUUGCUGAUCCAUGCAGUAUCAAAGAGUCUGCCAAGAAAGUGGGUUCACUACUGGGGGAAAACAUCCUGAACCUGCUGAUGGAUAAUGCUGGAGUGUUGCCACAAAAAACCAUGUUCACCGCCACUGUUGAGGACAUGCAGAACACCGUCAACACCAAUGUGAUAGGAACUCUAUUUGUCAUUAGGGAGUACCUGUAUUACUUGCGUAUAGCAGCUAAAGCGACACGGAUUCAUGGACUACACUGGCAAAACAAUGUCCUGGUAAAAGGAUAAAAACUCAUCUGGAAGCUCAACAAAGGGUGGAUCCAGGUCUAAACUUUCAUAUUUCACCUAUUAUAAGGCUUGACCUUAUCAGUACUUACCAGUCAUAAAUGAUUAUA